ACUAGUCAGAGUUUGGAAAGCUUCAGAGAAAGCCGGGUGGACAGCUGAUGAGGAAGAUAAACCACAUUUUCGCAUCUGAUUUAUAAAGAUUACAUUUACGAGAAGACAAAGAAGAUUAUGGUUAUAUUUUUAAAAAAUGGCACAGAAUAAUAAUACGCUAUUACAUCUCUUCGCAGGGGGAUGUAGUGGUACGGUGGGAGCCAUCGUGACCUGUCCUCUGGAGGUGCUGAAGACCAGGUUGCAGUCGUCAGGCCUCGCGCUCCGGCCUGUGUUCCAGGUCCAACUGGGCACGCUCAAUGGUACUGGGGUCAUCAGACCAGGCUCAGGCACCGUUACACCACCUGGCCUGCUGCAGGUCUUACGGUCAAUUUUAGAGAAAGAGGGACCAAGGUCGCUUUUCCGGGGACUGGGUCCCAAUCUUGUUGGGGUGGCCCCUUCAAGAGCUAUUUAUUUUGCUGCCUACAAAAAGUCUAAGGAGACGUUCAAUGGCAUCUUCGUCCCUAACAGUGGAGUGGUGCACAUGUCCUCCGCUGGCUUCGCAGCCUUUGUUACAAACUCCCUCAUGAACCCCGUCUGGAUGGUUAAGACCAGGAUGCAGCUGGAGAGAAGGGCGCGAGGUGAGAGGAAGACUAACGCGCUGCAGUGUGCCCGUUACGUUUACAAGACUGAGGGCGUGAGAGGUUUCUACCGGGGGCUGACGGCGUCCUACGCUGGCAUCUCCGAGACCAUGAUCUGUUUCCUGAUCUACGAGACGCUGAAGAAACGCCUGAACGAAGCGCGCUUCACGUCGCCAAACAGCGAGACAGAAAAAGGGGCGUCGGACUUCCUAGGCCUGAUGAUGGCAGCUGCUUUCGCUAAGGGCUGUGCUUCCUGCAUAGCCUACCCACACGAGGUGAUUCGGACAAGGCUGCGAGAAGAGGGAAGCAAAUACCAGUACUUCUUCCAGACGGCACGGUUGGUUGCAGUGGAGGAGGGCUACGCUGCUUUUUACAGAGGACUCGUUCCACAGCUCAUCAGACAGAUCCCCAACACAGCCAUCGUCCUCUCCACCUACGAGCUCAUUGUCCACCUGAUGGGAGACUCCUCGCAGUGACCGACAAUGACAACCACAUGGUAGCUAAGGAAAGACCCGUUUUGGUCGGCCCAUCCAAGAUGGAAGGGCAACACGACGUAGCUAUAACCCAAGCCACGUUGGGCAAGAAAGAGACAAUCGUGAAAUUGCAGAAGAAAGUGAAUUUCUGUUUUGUUGGAAAGACUUGAUUUUUAGAGACUUGGUUUCUCUUGAGGGAAUUUGAAGGCAGGUUUUACUGUUAUCCAAAGACCUGAAACAGAUUUUUUUUUUUAGGUGCAUCCUAAAUAGCAAACUAUCUCCUAUUUAGUGCACUACUUUCGACAGGGGUCCUUAGGGCUCUGGUUAAAAGUAGUGCACUAGAUAGGAUGCCGUUUCGGACUCAGAUAAUUUUGUUUUAAUUGAAGCAUGUUAUUUAGAAGUUGUUCAGAAGAAUUUACACUCAAGAAUUGUGGUACUACUGACCGGACAACUCUAGCCUGAGUGCCAGAUCUGUUUGUGUUGUAUUGCCAACUACAUUGCUGUCAUUUUUAAAGUUGAGUUGGCAAGACAGCACAAACGUAUCUGGGAUUCAGGCUAGGACAACUCCAUAUCUGAGAAGAACUUCAGUUUUCGUUGUCAUGACAAGAUAAAGAGGUCAUCUGAAUAGAAGAGUACUGUUAAAUUCAACUAAAUUAUUUUUAUUGUUAUUGUUAUUAUACUGUCUAUUGUCUGACUGUUUCUCUGAUGCUUAUCGAUGUUGAAUGUCCAAAGAUCCAUCAAGGUCUUGGGCUACAGGUUAUUUCAUUUUACGCUAAUGAAGGAAGAGAAGGUAAAGGCAUAACUGUGAGCCAACGAAGCCACCACACUUCCAUCAUGAUAGUUCCUGCUUUAUUCAUUCACUACCACAUGGUGAUUUUGAAGUGUGAUUUUUAAUUAUCGCUGAGUAAUGUAUCAUACAAUUAUUUUUCAAAUACAGGUUCAUUUGUAUAUUGUGUUAAAUAACAUAAUCACCUUUUUACAAUAUAAGGACAACGUGAAUGCUUAUUUGACCAGUGGCUCAAUAAAAUUGGCUCAAGUGUU